AUGGUCCGCUUUUACAUGUGCCGACACGGCGAUGCGGCACCCAGUGGGAGCUCGAAGUCAGGGAACCCAUCAACACUCGAAGCCAAUGCUACAUUUAUCAAUAUCACGCAUCCGGCUCAGCGCCAGGAUGCGGAAACCCGGAAGAAAGUAGCCCAGUACAUCGGAGUCAAUUUCCGGAAUCGAUCGAGACCUCUGGCAAGAAGGGAAGCCAGCGGCCCUGGCACGAAGCCAGGUAACUCCAAGCCACCGUCCCGGAGACAGCUGCGGGCAAAAGGAGCUCCAAUCCAAGAUUGGGUCGAUCGAGACAAGCACGGGUUGAGGUCAGACCCAUUUGCAUCGUAUCCUAUCCGACGACAGGACUGGCUCCCAGAGGCGGUGGACUUCUUCUUGAAUGCAUACGGGCCGACGCAUCUCCUCAGGCGCACAGCAGAUGGCGCCAUUAGGAGGUAUCAAAGGCGCCCGGAACGCACGACAGAAACUUCCCCUGUACACCAGUAUUUUCAGUAUAGCCUGGAACAUCCUGUCAUGUUUGAGGCUCUGAUAGCCCUAUCGCUAUCCAAUCUGCGGAUUCAUCACUGGGAGCAGGGUCAGGUCGACAAGGAGACGGCGUACCACUAUGGCAACGUCUUGAGCAGUCUUCAGCAGACAUUGAGGGAAGGUGAUGGCUACCGCGAGACUGCCGUUCUCUGGGCGAUUCUUGCACUCCUGGAGCUAGAGGUACGUGGGUAG